AUGGCGGCACUUGAUGUGGAUAGUGAUGAGGAGUCAGUGGAUGUACCUGCUCAUGGUGCACCUAAUACUGUUGCAGCUGCAGAACCUGCCUCUGAAUCCAUACCACAUCCCAUUGAGAGUAUCUUGCGGAUGUCUUCCCUUAGUAACAUUGACAAGAAUGGAACUGAUAUAGCUGUGCCAAACAAAGAGGCUGAUCCUGUUGUUCAGGAACUACAGGAUACAGGAGGAGAGGCUAAAUUCCAGGAUGUGUUAUCUGUGCCUGCACAGUUCUCAAUUGCUCCUUCGGGCAGCCUUUCUGUUGCUGCAUUACUGCUUAUCAACCUGCCUACAGUGUUAGAAAACAGCGCUUCAGCCGCUAGAAUUGUCUUUUCCAAACAGUCCCCUUUGCUCCAGUUGCCCACAGACUUUGUUUCACAACCUGUUCCGCCAUUUCAAACAGCCUCGUCCCUUCGCAAUUGUGCUAGAGGUGCAUUUUGA